AUGACAAAGUAUCCCUUCCUCAAAAAUAACCUUCAAAUAUAUCAAGAUUCUACCCUCUAUAAUAUUCAAUUUACUACUACCCUCCUUAGCCCCAUUGCCAAAAAUAUUUCUUUACCCUAUCUUGAAUAUGAAUCAGUUGAAUCAACAUCUUAUAAAUGCAAAAGUGAAAAAUAUAAAUGGGAUCAAUACGAAUCAGAUGCUGAUGAAACAAUAGAUGAAACAAAAUGA